AUGCCACGAACUUACGAUGAAGAGUUGGGUUUUAUCGAAAGAAUAAACUCACAUUGUUGGAAGAUAAAGAAAGGUUUCGUUCCAAAUAUGAAUGUGGAAGGAAUAUUUUACGUUAAUGCUCCUUUAGAAAAAUUAAUGUUUGAAGAAUUACAAAUGUCAUCGAAAUAUGGUGGUGUGGGAGGAUUUUUACCUGGAAUGAAACAAAUUGCAAACGUGGCCGCAUUGCCGGGAAUUGUGGGACGUUCCGUUGGUUUGCCCGAUGUACAUUCUGGAUAUGGUUUUGCCAUUGGAAAUAUGGCUGCAUUUGAUUAUAACGAUCCAAAAGCUAUUGUUUCUCCAGGUGGUGUUGGUUUUGAUAUUAAUUGCGGUGUACGCUUACUUAGAACAAAUUUAACCGAGAAAGAUGUUCAACCAGUUAAAGAACAAUUAGCACAAAACCUUGAAGAAGCUCUUGAAAUGGGUUAUUCGUGGGCCGAAGAUAAAGAACAUUGUGAAGAAUACGGCCGUAUGUUACAAGCUGAUCCCUCAAAAGUAUCCCAACGAGCAAAAAAACGGGGGCUUCCACAAUUGGGAACGUUAGGCGCUGGAAAUCAUUAUGCUGAAAUACAAGUUGUCGACGAAAUCUACGAUAAGUUUGCUGCGGGAAAAAUGGGCAUUGAUUUUAAAGGACAAGUGUGUGUUAUGAUACAUUGCGGAAGUCGAGGUUUAGGACAUCAAGUUGCUACAGAUUCAUUAGUUGCUAUGGAAAAAGCGAUGAAGCGUGAUAAUAUCUUAACAAAUGAUCGUCAAUUAGCUUGUGCCUUAAUUAAAUCCGAGGAAGGACAAGAUUAUCUAAAAGGAAUGUGUGCAGCAGCAAACUAUGCUUGGGUUAACCGUUCAUCAAUGACAUUUUUAGCUAGACAAGCAUUUGCCCGAAUAUUCAAGACUGCUCCGGAUGAUUUAGAUAUGCAUUUAAUCUACGAUGUCUCACACAAUAUUGCGAAAAUUGAAGAACAUGUAAUGGGUGAUGGAAGACAAAAAACAUUACUAGUACAUCGAAAAGGAGCAACAAGAGCAUUUCCACCACAUCAUCCACUCAUACCAGUGGAUUAUCAACUCACUGGACAACCUGUUCUUAUUGGAGGAACAAUGGGUACAUGUAGUUAUGUGUUAACUGGAACAGACGCAGGAAUGCGUGAAACAUUUGGUUCAACAUGUCAUGGAGCUGGACGUGCAUUAUCUCGUGCAAAAUCUCGACGUAAUCUAAAUUGGUACGAUGUACUUGAUGACUUAAGAGAAAAAGGCAUUGCUAUACGUGUUGCAUCACCUAAACUUGUUCAAGAAGAAGCACCUGAUUCAUAUAAAAAUGUGACGGAUGUUGUUGAAACCUGUCAUGCAGCCGGUAUCAGUAAAUUAUGUGUGAAACUACGACCAGUGGCCGUUAUUAAAGGUUGA